AUGGCGAGCACUGGUGUAGUGCCAAGAAUGGGGAUGGAGCUCGAUGAUCGAAUUGAACUUGACAGGUUCGCAAAUGUCCGUCCGUCUGUCCACUCGAUGGAUCAUGAUCUCGUUCGACUGAAGUUCGUGGUGGCGAUGUGUGCGGCCGAUGCCCCAAGCUUGAUGUUGUUCAUACUGGACCAAAGUCGCGCCGAUCCGCAAAAGCUCUUCUUCUGUGGGAGCGGCUGUGCAAUUCAGAAGGGGAACGGCAUUGUGGAUCUGAUCAGGAGUUUCAAGUACGGACGUCAUUUUCGGUUUGACUCGAACCUUUUGGAUAUUGGUCAGAAGAACCGAAUCAGAAGACGCCACGAAGCGGAGGAGGUGGAAGGUGAUUGCUUAUCAUCUGUGGUCGACUACCUGACUCUUCUUCUACUGCACCUGAUCUCGGUGUGGACUUCUCUCUUCUUGGUGAACGCCUACCAGGAGAGUUGGUACGGCGCGCUUGGGAUGCACUCCGCGAAGCAGAGUGCGAGGAGAUCUACAAGAGUGUACGGAUGCGCAUGA